GUUAUUUUUAAAAUAUUCAUUGAAUUCAGCCUACUGUGUAAAUAGGUUCUUUAAGGAAUAAAAAACAAGACUUUGUUCUUGUAUCUACUGUACUCAGAACCAGAGAAAAGGCCUCUAUGCCUUUUGGCUGCUUGCUGUCAUUCACAGGAGUACCACUCUGUUCAGACAGGGAGAAUGAUGAAUCAAUCAAAGAAGAGAAAUCUGAAUUAAAAGAAAAAUCUACAGGAAAUAAGAAGGCCAAUAGAUUUCAUCCUUAUUCAAAAGAUAAGAAUUCAGGCACUGGAGAAAAGAAGGGUCCAAAUCGUAACAGAGUUUUUAUUAGCAACAUCCCGUAUGACAUGAAAUGGCAAGCCAUUAAAGAUCUAAUGAGAGAAAAAGUUGGUGAGGUUACAUACGUGGAGCUCUUUAAGGAUGCGGAAGGAAAAUCAAGGGGUUGUGGUGUGGUUGAAUUCAAAGAUGAAGAAUUUGUAAAGAAAGCACUAGAAACUAUGAACAAAUAUGAUCUUAGUGGAAGACCCUUGAAUAUUAAAGAGGAUCCUGAUGGAGAAAAUGCUCGUAGGGCAUUGCAACGAACAGGAGGAUCAUUUCCAGGAGGACAUGUACCCGAUAUGGGAUCGGGAUUGAUGAAUUUACCACCUUCCAUUCUCAAUAAUCCAAACAUUCCUCCUGAGGUUAUCAGUAAUUUGCAGGCUGGUAGACUUGGUUCCACAAUUUUUGUUGCUAAUCUUGACUUCAAAGUUGGUUGGAAGAAGCUAAAGGAAGUGUUCAGCAUAGCUGGAACUGUAAAGCGGGCAGAUAUUAAAGAAGACAAAGAUGGCAAGAGCAGAGGAAUGGGCACAGUCACUUUUGAACAAGCAAUUGAAGCAGUUCAAGCAAUUUCUAUGUUCAAUGGGCAGUUUUUGUUUGAUAGACCUAUGCAUGUGAAAAUGGAUGACAAGUCUGUCCCUCAUGAAGACUACCGUUCACAUGAUAGUAAAACACCACAAUUACCACGUGGUCUUGGAGGCAUUGGAAUGGGACUUGGCCCAGGUGGACAGCCUAUUAGUGCCAGCCAGUUAAACAUAGGUGGUGUAAUGGGAAACUUAGGUCCAAGUGGUAUGGGAAUGGAUGGUCCAGGUUUUGGAGGAAUGAAUAGAAUUGGAGGAGGAAUUGGGUUUGGUGGUCUGGAAGCAAUGAAUAGCAUGGGAGGAUUUGGAGGAGUUGGCCGAAUGGGAGAACUAUACCGAGGUGCGAUGACUAGUAGCAUGGAAAGAGAUUUUGGACGUGGUGAUAUUGGAAUAAAUCGAGGCUUUGGAGAUUCCUUUGGUAGACUUGGCAGUGCAAUGAUUGGAGGGUUUGCAGGAAGAAUAGGAGCUUCUAACAUGGGUCCAGUAGGAUCUGGAAUAAGUGGUGGAAUGGGUGGCAUGAACAGUGUGACUGGAGGAAUGGGGAUGGGACUGGAUCGGAUGAGUUCCAGCUUUGAUAGAAUGGGACCAGGUAUAGGAGCUAUACUGGAAAGGAGCAUCGAUAUGGAUCGAGGAUUUUUAUCGGGUCCAAUGGGAAGCGGAAUGAGAGACAGAAUAGGCUCCAAAGGCAACCAGAUAUUUGUCAGAAAUCUGCCUUUUGACUUGACUUGGCAGAAACUAAAAGAAAAAUUCAGUCAGUGUGGUCAUGUAAUGUUUGCAGAAAUAAAAAUGGAGAAUGGAAAGUCAAAAGGCUGUGGAACAGUCAGAUUUGACUCCCCAGAAUCAGCUGAAAAAGCCUGCAGAAUAAUGAAUGGCAUAAAAAUCAGUGGCAGAGAAAUUGAUGUUCGCUUGGAUCGUAAUGCAUAAUUUGAAACCACGGUUGGAACAUUCUUACAUCUGUUUUGCUGAAUCUCCUAGUAAAAGUCAUUUUUUAAGUAAUACUGAAUGCUUACAGAAGUUGUAAAAAUGAACUUUUAAAACUCCCACCAGCUUUUAACAGUAUAAUGUUAAAUAUACUGUGAUUUUUGUUAAUCUCAAGUUUGGGUUUUUAAAGACAGCAAGUCUGGUCAUUCAGUUUAAAUGAAUGGUUAUACUAUUUUUAAUGAAAUAAGCCAUUUUCUUGUUAUUUUCAGUUCUACAUAGUGGGAUUUGUUUGUUCAAGUGUCCCCAGCUUUUAUCAACUUAUUGUAAGGUAAAAACAUAGAUGGUUUUUUCAAAACUUCUGUUUUAUAUAUGUAAUUGUCCUGGAAAAGGAAGGGCUCAGACAGACUAGGAUAUGAUUUUGGUUGGAUUGAGAUUACUUUUUGUUGGCGAUAAAGAAGUUUUAGAUUCCAAAGUUUAGGAAGUUUUUAUUUGACUUAAAUGAAGAAAUGGAGUUUUCCUUCUCUGCCCCUCCACAUUGUUCACAGUUUUCAUAUAACACUAUUAACAUUAACCUCCACAGCCCCUUGUUUUAUUAUUUCCAAUGAUUCCAAGUUCAUAAAGAACUGAUAAUGUAGCAAGCCCCAAGUAUAACAACAGGCAGACUGCCCCCAACUUUCUGUCUAGUUUCCAGCCAUUGAGAUGAACUGCUAAGAAAAGUAAAAUAAUUGAAAUGUUGAGAAAGAUAGUUAUGUAAGUUAGUCCUCCACUGUUCACUUCUACAGGAGCUGAUGCAUUUACAAAUGCAGUUUUAAUAAACCACGGAAUGCCUAGGCACAGCAUAUCAAACACAUUGGAUCCCACGAUGUUAGACAUAGCCAUAUCUCCUUUGCCUGUAAGAAAAGCAUGUUGUUAAAAUGUGCGUACCAAUACUGUAUUUUAUUAAUAAGCUUCAUAAAAAGAAAAACACUGGAUACUUUUUGUUUUGGAAAAUUGUAUUGGAGCAAAAGUCUUACUGAAUUUGUAUUUUUUAAUUUUGGGGGGUUAGUAUUUAAAGUCUUAACAUUUAUUUAUCUAAUAAUAAUUAUUUAUUAAACCAUUUUUCAAUAAGGUAUAUAGAUUACUUGUUGCUUUUCAUUCUAACAUGGUUAAUUAUUAUUUAAUGCACAUUUCAGAUGAAAAUUGGGGGAUUAGAUUUAGUGAAAUUAAUCUGCUGUUAAAUAGUAAUCUUUCCUCUUGAGUCACUCUUUUUCUUUUUUUCUUCAAAGUAUGCUACUGAGGAGAUAAAUAUUCUAAAGAUACCUUUGCUCAGUGUAUUUCAGCCAGGCUUUAAGAAUGGGCAUUGCAGCUUGAGGGACCUUGUUCUUACCUUUUCUUGCAACCAGCACACUUGCGAUUGUGUCUGGUAUGCUUGUUCCUGCUGCUAAUAAAGUAAGGCCCAUUACUGUAUCUGGAAUUUCUAAUGUUUCCCCUGUAAUAAACAUAGAUAUUACAAGUUACAAAUCUUAUAGAUUCACUAACUGUUCUCUGUAGAUAUUUCAGAUAUUUCUUUCCUGAACAAAAAGGAAGUGGGCACAUUUUAGAUUUCAGAACCAAAAUGUACUUAGAUUUUAGCUGGCAAAAUAUUUGAGUCAUAUUAGUAAAUUGGGUAACCUGGGUAGCACAGAUUUUUAAUGAUGGAUAUCUAAAGAUAGCUAAAGAUACCAAGGAGUAAUUUCCCUCCCUGAUAUGCUUACAGAAGUUUUUGAUAUUUUGAUGUUAUCAAGGCCAUUGCUUAAUAUAUGCUAAUGAGAUUGAUCAUUUUCUCUUUUUCUUUUUAAAAACAUUUUUCCUAAAGUGAUCAGAUUUAAGCAAAUUAUGGAUACCUUUUUUAAAACUGUAAAUGUGUUAACAUGGUAUGCAUUUUUAAAGUCGUACUUUAGUGAUAUACUUUAAUUUACUGUUUUCUUUGGGAAAGUACCAUAAAUCUUAGGAAAACAAAAUAGGAUUCUCCUCUCGUCUUUCCAACGUUAUGGUCCCAGUUCAGUACUUCUGUUAAACCUGAUGUCAAUUCAACAUUUUUCAUAAAUGUAUUCAUUUUGGGAAACAGAACUAGAGGAAAGUUUUUUAGAAAGUACAUGUAACUGCUCUUAAUACUGUUAUUGAAAACUUCCUUUAGAAUCUUUACCUUCUUCCUUUUUCUUAAAAUGUCAAUUAAAAGAACUUCAAGUAGCAUAUUUAUUGCAUGCUUGUAUAUUGAUAUUGGAAUUGUAAUUGGUUGUUAAUUUUUGUUCCUGCUUUGCCAGACUUCAUAUGUACACAAAUAACACUAAUACUUUUCAUCGUCGGGGCUGUUCUAUGAUACAGUACUUGAUUUUGCUCUUUUCUUGUUUUCCUAAUGUCAAAUGUGACCUGGCUGAGAAAAUUUAGAGUUUUAAUAUGCAAGAUAUUGGACUUUUUCAUCUUACUCAUUAAAAAAAAGAAAAAAGAAAUAUUCCUAGAAUACCUUACUAUUCUGAGUCACAUACUAAUUUGGGAAAAGUCAGAGGCCAGCAAACUUGUUUUUGAAAGAGCCAGAUAGUAAUUAUCUUAGACUUUGCGGCUGUAUGAUCUCCAUUGCAGUUUUUCAGUUCUGCCAGUGUAGUGUGAAAGCACCCAUAGGGAAUAUGUAAAUGGAUGGGCAAGAUUAUACGUUCAGUAGAACUUCACUUGCAGAAACAGAAGAUCCAGUGAUUUGGGCACAAAGAUAGUAGUUUGCUCACCUCUGAUAUAGGUCCAUUCAGGUUAACCUUUUUGGGAGAAAUUCCUGACUUUUUUGUUCAAUGUUUAUAUUCAGUUUUUCCUUCUGAACUAGGGUUUUGUGGGACUAGAGCUGGUUAUGGCCAAGCAGUAAUAAUAGUUAAAUCUUAAUCAUGAAGGUAGUAGAAACCUAAAAUGAGACUUUAUUUUAUACCCUUUUUACUCAUUUCAUAGUACUUUUAUAUUGCCAUAUUAAAAAGCAAAAUAAAAUAUAAUCCAGUUAAACAGUGAACAUCCAUUGUUUUCUCAAAACACUGGCAACCUGCUAUAUUUUUUGUUAGGGGAUGGAAUUCAAUAUAAAGACUAUAUUGUAGUCCCAUGCAAUGUGAGUUAAUUAUGAGCAUAAGAAAGACAUUCUGUGAAUUUGAUUUCAUUUAUAAAAUGAUCCUUUGACUUGUAGCCCUGGGCUGUAUAAUCAUAUCCCUGUUAUGUGAUAUGAAACUCACAAAACCUGAAUGAUCUUGUUGGUAUAUUAAUACUUAAUCUUUUGUAAAUAGCACUAAUCUUUAGUCUUUGCUGAAAAAAAUUUGCUCUUUAGCUAGACUACGUUUAGUGAAUAUAUGCUGAUUGUUCUUAUAUAAAACUGAUUGUUUUAUUUCUAAAUUAUUUUCUUGUACUAGAGAUACAUACCAGUUAUUGUGACCAUCCAAACUAGGACAUAUGUGAAUGCGGAUAUCCACAAUGCUGACAUGAAAAAGGUUAUCACAAAAUAAUUUUUCCAAAACUUUCUUCUACAAUCUGGUGUGGUUAGAAAAAGUAGUGUAAUAAUCGGAAGGGAUAGUACCCAAAAAAUUCUUUUUAAGUCUGCUUCAGGCAUGUUGAAAACACUUGGUGGAUCUGUUAAGGAAAAAUUAAACGAUUUUGAGUUUUCUCAAACGGCCUGUUAAGUUAGAAAUGUCCAUUUAGAAAGCUAUAUUGAAAUAAAUUAGCUGUAUCAGUUUUUAAGAGGCUAUUUAAAACAUUCAAAUACCUCAUUACUGAUAUUGCUGGCGAACGGAAACUAAUUGAGACUUCAGGGCAGAUGGUAUGAAAAUGUCAGCAUUUUCUCAGCAUUUUUCGAUUUAGGGCUUUGAAUCCAUCAAAGUGGCUUGGGUCAUUCACUAAAUGUGUUAGAGAUAUAAUGUUUAGGAGGUGUCAGUUCAACAUCUCUUGAUUUCCCACAGUGUGGAUAAUCUUAUAGUAAUUUUUGCUUAUAGGAUUAACCUGGCAUCUUAGCCACCUCAGUUGUCUCCAUUUCCCAAUACUGAUGAUUCCGCUAGCCUGCCUUGUGUAUCAGAUAAUGUAUACUUCGGGAGUAUUUAUACUCCCUAUAAUUAUAGCAGAAAUCUUUUAAUUAAGUUUAAUAUUUCUAAUUCAAUUGUAAGUGAUUGUGGGGAUCUUGUUUCAGUAUUUUUCAUUAAUUUCUAAACAGAAUUCACAAUUUUUGGAAUGAACCUUAAGGAAGUAGAGACUAGUAUAGAAUCUGUAAUGUAACUUAUGAAACUUGAGUAUGUUUCUUUAUUCAAUUUGUUCUAUUAAAUUAGUGGAAGACAAUAAUAAUAUAUUGGAUAAAAAUGGGGAUUCACUUUAAAAUUGUUUAAAAUUUGUGUCUUAUUUAUAGAAUACUAUAUAUGUUAGAUCAGAUCACAUUACAUUAAUGCUAGUAAAAUAACUCACAAAAAUUUUUUUGCCAAACCUCAGCCAAUGGGCCAGUAAGUAACAUUAGAUAUAGUUUUAGUGUCAUAAAAAAAUCUGGGACUGGUUCUUUUGAGUUCUUGGUCACAAAAUGUAAUUUAUAGAUGUAUACCUCUUAUACCUGAAAAGACUAGAAACUAUAAUUUUAAGAAGGGAAAAAGUUAUGUUUAAAUUUCUUUAAGUAAUAAGUGAGAGUAAGUUCCCUUUCUAAAGUACUAAAUAAAAUUUAAACUGUUUCUUACAACCACUUUAUAAAAAAAACCCCAUAAAUUUGUAUUUCUGGUCGUAGCUGAAUUUGACUUCCUACUAAACAUUUACUUAAAUAUUUUGCUACUGCUUCAAAUGACAUGCUUAAACUCAACUAUUUCCUUCCUUCUUUCUUCUUCCUCACACCAACCCUUCUUCCUAAAUUCCUAGUAUUUGUAAGUGGUGUUCUUACUUUCUCGGUCAGUCAUGACCGAAGCCUCAAAAUUAUCUCUGCUCCCUUUUCUGGCUGUACGUAACCCUGCAGUUGCCUAGUAUUGGUGAUGCUUCCUCUGCAUUGUCUCACAUCUGUUCUCUUUCAGUCCUACUGCCUUCACUCUGUCUACACAGACACUAAGCACAUGAGUUGUUUUAGUAGCCUCUUAAGGGCCUGCAUGUCCUUUAUCCCAUAUUUCAGUUCUGAUAACUUCCCAGCUCACAAGCCUGCAAGCACUCUUAAUCUAGCAUUUAUGACUCUGUCCUAUUCCUUUCUGUCCUGCUUCCCUCUGCGUCCACACUGUGUACAUUCUGUGCUCCAGUUAUGUUAGUCUUUGGGUAAGCCUUUCGCUCAUGUUACUUCCUUGUCAAUCCAUGGAAUACUCUUUACUGUUAUCUCUGAGUGAUCUGCUUAUGACUAAUAAGUAACAGCUAUUGAAGUCUUUAAUAUUGAAGUCUAAUAAUAGUUGUUACAUAGUCAUAAAGCAGGUUGUUAGCUAAAAUCUUACUCUUCUGCAAGGCUUAGUUUUAAUGCUCCCUUUUCUGUGGUAGUCUUUCCUAUGUAACCAUCCUCAUCAAAUUUUAUAACAUCUGUCUCAUUUAGGAACCACAGUUACUCUUUCUUUCUCUUUACAGUAGUUAAACUUUAAUAUUUUAGCUUUUUUGCUUCCCCCGCCCCCAAAGUAUCGGAAGCUUCUUUAAGGAUAGGGCUGCCUCUUCAUCAUUUCUGAGUCCCCAUUGUGUUUUUUAAACUUAAUAGGUAUAUAGUACUUGUGUUUGUGUUGCUAGUGAAUACUUAAUAGUGGGCAGAAUGUGGUUAUUACCUUCAGAAACCUGAUUAAGACCAUGUACGCUUACAGAAAGCUGGGAGUAGCCAGAAUCUUCGUGAAAUAUUCCACUGUCGGUUCUUGAUUGCCGACGGAUGAAUGGUUGAUCCUCAUCUUCCCAUCCCAUCAGUGGCUGCUGUUCACUUCUCUCUUCCAUAGCUUUGGCGAGACAGGUACAGCAAGGACUGCAUUUCUUUAUAAUAUAUUGAUUAAUUUUAAUGUCAAAACACAGCACCAAAACAUAUAAUCCGUAUAUCAAAAGUAGUGAAGUUCCUUCAUACCUAUAAAUUAGAGAAAUUUGUGUGUGUAUAAAUUAAAAGUGAAAGUUAUUUUAGAGUUAAUAGCUCUGGGGCAGUAUCUGCUUAAUUUUUUAAUGCAGCAAUAGAACAAAGAAAUAUGCUAGAUAUAUUUUGGUUUUGUAGAUGUGUCCAGACUUAGUUACAGCAUUAUUAAACAUUUAUUGAUGAAAGUUUGACACUGUCCUUUAUAUUUCAAAAACAAGGAUUAUAAACUCCUGUCUUCAUUUGUAGGUCCCUUCCAAAUGGCAGGCAUAAAAAUUUCUUUGAAAAUAAUAGUAAUUACAGAUUUUCAAAGCAAAAGUGAAACAUGAUUGUGAUUAGCUCUCCACCUCAGUUCAUUGGAAGAGUAUAAUUAUAAGAGAAAAUAGUAUAUAUUCUUUUCAGUUGUUCUAGUAUGGGGAUUUUGUGUAAAAUAUUCAGAAUAUGUUAGGCUUUGGCUGGAGCUUUUCAGUUUGCUAUACAGAGUUUUUUUUGAUGAUUUUAAUGUAAAUGAAUUUGGCUUGCAUUCACAAGAAAACAAGAAUAUUCUCAAAAAUAAAAUGAUACCUAAGGCACUGAGAACUGUUUUCCUAUACUCUGGUUUGCUAUUUAAAGAAUUGUGAUUAGCUAAUACCAUCACACUUGAACCUUGCACUUACCUUUUAUUUUAUAGCCAGUGAAUCUCUGCUACAGCUUGAAAGCACAGAGUUCUUGGUUUCCCUAAUGGAGGGAUCAUUAGCUUGGAUACUCUCACAGUCAUUGUCCCCUUUCAGACGACUGCUGAGUCCCAGAAGCAUCCCUGUUGUAACCAAAAGUCUUUCCUUGCGAGAGAGACUAGGUUUCAGGAUGAUUCAUUUAGAAAUGUUGCUCCCUGCUAGAUUUAAAGCUUCUUGACAGCAGCUAUUUAUGCAGUGCUGCCAAGUAGUGUUCUAGAAGGGUGCUGUUUACCUCAUUUUCUGUUUUUCUAGUGUCCUCUGGCACUGGCAGUGUACAACUCAUGUGGCCGUGUUUUACAUUUCUUUAUCCCUUAAUACUCCUAGCAUACUGAUAAGCACUUAGUAGAUAUUUGGUACUUAUUGACCGAAAAAGUUACUCUCUCCACUAAGUCAUCCUCCAUUUUCAUUUUCUUGGAACAGCAAGACAUGGGGAGAUUAUAAAGAAAACAAACAGGUUUUAAUACUGAAACCUAAACAUUUUUGAUUUUUAGAGGAAGCAAGCUGUAGUUCCUCUUGCUAAAUGAACAUCAGAGAAAGUUGGAGGAAUUUAAAGGGAUUUUUUUUUUUACUUCCUUGUUCAUCUUCUCUCUCCAAUCUUAUGACCACAGCCACUUCUAACUAGGCAAGGCAAACAACCCAGUAGAUAACAAAUUUGCCUGUUGGGGUUUUAAUGAACAACAAAAGUUGGGAGACUUCCUGAACAGGCAGGCAGUGGGGAGAAGGAAGGGUGGUAAAUCCAGUGGUUAGUGAGACCAGAAAGGAGACUGACUUGACUAAAAAGAAAUUGCAAAGAAGGGAGAAGAACCGAACCAGCGAUUGUGAUGAGGAGGUUAGCUCAGAGACCUACUGGGAAGUGGUAUGGACGUGGCAGAUACUAGAGAAGUAACUGAAAUAAUGUUUCUGAAAAAAAAGAAAUGUUACCAAACCAUCAGAAUUUUAUAAAAUCUUUUCUGUAAUUGUUGUAUGUAAGAGUUAAUGAUUGUUUCAAACUUACCAGUAAACUUGGUUGUCAAAUAUUAUGGCAAGAACUGCCGCUACGCUAAUCGCAUAUGCCGCACAGUCUCUGAAUAGGGGCCAACAUGAUAGCGUUGAAACCUGCAAAAUGGUGAUUAAUUUACUGUUUCCAUUACACUGUAAAUUCUUCAAGUACUUGCUUAGUCUAAUACUAAAAUUGUAUAUUUGUAGCUAAAUAUUAUCUUUUGCAUAUUGCUUAGAGAAAAAAGAAUUUUAAGAAAAAUUGUGUUUCUAAACCGACUCUGAUUUUCAUAAACUUGACCAAGAGUUACUUGUGGGUUAACUUAAAAUUGAAUACAUGUUGUUUUUCUACUGAUUAAUAAAUUUAGUUGAACACA